UUUGGAGUAGGGGAGGCGGGAUCUUGUGACUCACCAGCAACUUCCUCAGUAGUAGCUCAAAAGUACCCGGCAAGCUGCAUCCAUCUUCGGCUCAGAGCUUUUGGCUUCAGUCAGAAGAAACAGGGAAAGUUUCUCGGUGGAGCCAUCUGUCAUCUGGUCCCAGAUCUGAUCCCAGAUCUGAUCCCAGAACCGGUUUCUCCGUUUCUGCAUUGUUUGGGAGAACUACAAUGGCUGACAAAUUCGACUGUGACCACUGCAAAGAAUCCCUGUAUGGUCGCAAGUACAUCCAGUCAGACGACAGCCCGUACUGCAUCCCCUGCUACGACAGCCUGUUCUCAAACACAUGUGAUGAAUGCAAAGAGCUGAUUGGUCACGAUUCAAGGGAGCUCUUCUACGAGGACAGGCACUACCACGAGCACUGCUUCCGCUGUUUCCACUGCGACCGCUCGUUGGCCGACGAGCCCUUCACCAGCCAGGACAACUCUCUGCUCUGCAACGACUGCUACUGCAACGAAUUCUCCUCCAAGUGCGUCGCCUGCGACAAGAUUGUCAUGCCAGGCACGAGAAAGCUGGAGUAUGCGGGUUCCACAUGGCACGAAGGCUGCUUCAUCUGUCACAGCUGCGAACAGCCAAUCGGCUCCAAGUCUUUUAUUCCCGACAAGGAUGAGCACUACUGUGUGCCCUGCUACGAAGACAAGUUUGCUCCACGCUGCACGCGCUGUAAAAAGGCUCUGGCUAAAGGAGGUGUAACCUAUCGAGAUGAGCCGUGGCAUAAAGAGUGUUUCGUGUGCACCAACUGUAAGACGCAGCUGGCGGGUCAACACUUCACCUCCAGGGAUGACAGCCCUUAUUGCCUUAAGUGCUUUGGCAACUUGUACGCCAAGAAGUGCGAGGCCUGCAGCAAACCAAUCACAGGUUUUGGAGGCGGAAAGUACAUCUCAUUUGAAGAACGCCAGUGGCAUCAGCCAUGUUUCACCUGCUCCCAGUGUUCCGUCUCGCUCGUGGGCGCCGGCUUUUUCCCCGAGGGUGACAGGAUCCUGUGCCGCGGCUGCCACAGCAGCCUAUAGAGCCCUCGUUUACUGCGGUCGCACCAUUCCUUCACAAUCUUCAACUCAUUGCUAAAGCUUUAAAAAAAAAACCCUGGUUAUUGCCAUGGAAGGUAACACAGGCUAAAAUAAAAUGCUGCCUCAGGUCAUUUUAAAAUAAAGACAUUUGUUCCUUUUAUGGCCGUGUUAAGAUAAAAGCUUCAACCAGGAGCUGCAGCUCYAUUAUGUUGCAUCAUCAGGACAAAGAUUUCUUCUUGUAUUAAAACGUUUUGUUUAUGGAGUGCCUUUUUUGAUGAUUUGUAUGUUCUGAGUGCUUGUCAUUUCACCAAAUACUUCUUCAUAUAAAUAUCUACGUGUAAGUGAAAAAACACUUCAGGUAGACGUCAGGCUCUGAGGAGAAGACAGAACACUGAUCUAUAAGCCCUACAGGUUUUAAUGUUAAAUGUUUGAUCRACUUACUGUUUGACGCUUUUACAGCUGCAGUUUUAUACAUUUUAAAUGUUUACUUUUCAUCGCAUGUCACUUACUGCUCUAUAUUCUAGGUCUUGCUUUAUGCAUUUUGAACGUGUUGUUGUACAUAACUGCACAGAAAGUGCAACGCCUUUUGUAAAAAGUCGUCAAAAAUUAGACGGUUUUUAUUUUUCACCCAAAAUUUCAACGUGAGAAUGAGGGAAAAAAUGAAUAAAAUACUUGUUAAUGUUAGUUUUUGGUCAUCAGUACACUUCAUUUUGCACUCCGCUAACGAUAGGUUUUUGCUUCUGUGUAACGUGCACACAAACACACACAUGGUGGGAAACACACCAGUGUUCUAGUUAAGCUUUACUUUAAUAAUUCCUUUAUUGUAUAGCUUUAUAGUUCGCGCACAAAGACAUUUAUAACCCCCCAAAAACGCUAAAAUAAAAUGCAUAAGUGUUCAUUGCCCAAAAAAUGCAUGYUUUUUUUAUAUUUUAUUUUUAUUUUUAUUGCUUCUUAUGACUUUUUAUGUUAGUUUUAAAUCAUGUAUGUAAAAAAAUAGAGAAAAUUAUCUAUAAGAAGUUGAUUAUUUCAGCUUUGAUGCUGGUGAGUCAGAGUUGGCAAAUAUAUAUAUUUUAAGAUGGAAACUAGGCCAUCAGAAUGAUAAUCAUUUCAACUUACUGUAAAUCUGUUGAUGGCUGAUACGACUAAAUGGUUCGUCCUAUUUUUAAAACAGAUUUAAAUAAAAGGCGUUGACUAAU